UUCUUUUCUUCUUAAUAUAUAUGUUGUAGCCCAAAGAGUUGGGAAAAGGCUUGAAAAUACCUAAAUUUCUCCCUUUUCACUCUCUAUUUCAUUCUCUCUCUCUACUUAGAACUGUGUGACCCUUCUCUCCCAGAGAGAGAGAGAGAGAGAGAAAGAAAGAAAGAAAGAAAGAGAAAAGAAUACUGCAACGCACGUCGCCAUGGAUUCUUCGCUCUCUAUUGUUCCUCCAAUCCAAGGUCGCUUCGUUUUCACGGCAUACCAUUAGAGAAAACAAGCAAAGAACCCAAAGAAAAGGCCAAAAAAGGAGAAGCCCAUCUUCCUAGAUUGGAUUUUUGUUUUAGCUGUGGCGGACCUUAGAAGAACCCUAGCAUUCCUCUUUUCUUCAAUUUCUUCGCAGUGGGUCAGUCGUUAUAAUCUCAUAUCAACGAAGAAGAAGAGCAAAAGGGGAUUUUACACUGUAAAAAUGUUCUGGGUCACCAAGUUUUCCGGCUUUUUCGCUGCGGCAAUGGUAAUGAUUGUUCUUUCUCCAUCCUUACAAUCAUUCCCACCUGCUGAAGCUAUUAGAUCGUCUCACCUUGAAUCCUAUCUCCGAUUUCCCAGUCAAAUCACACCCACUGUUCCCCUUAAUCGCUUCUCAUUCCGUAAAGCCCCUGUAUUCCGAAAUGCCGGUGAAUGCACUUUUAGUGACAGAAGAAUAUUGGGGAAACAUGGGGUUUGCGAUCCUUCGCUUGUUCAUGUUGCGAUUACUCUUGAUGUUGAGUAUCUUCGUGGUUCAAUAGCCGCUGUGCAUUCAAUUUUGCACUAUUCGAGAUGUCCUGAGAGUGUAUUCUUCCAUUUUCUGGUUUCCGAAACCAAUCUCGAAACCCUAGUUCGAUCCACCUUCCCUCAGUUGAAAUUUAAGGUAUAUUACUUUGAUCCUGAACGAGUUCGAAAGAUUAUAUCCACUUCCGUUAGACAAGCGCUUGAACAGCCCUUGAACUACGCCAGAAAUUACUUGGCUGAUCUUCUGGAAUCCUGUGUUAGUAGAGUUAUCUACUUGGAUUCGGAUCUUGUCGUUGUUGAUGACAUCUCUAAGCUAUGGAGUACAAGUUUGGGUACAAAAACCAUUGGAGCUCCGGAGUAUUGUCACGCCAAUUUCACGAAAUAUUUCACGACGUCGUUUUGGUCGGAACCGAGAUUUUCCGGGACGUUUUCCGGCAUGAAACCGUGUUACUUCAACACAGGGGUUAUGGUUAUAGAUCUGAAAAAAUGGAGACGGGUCGGGUACACGAAGCGGAUAGAGAAAUGGAUGGAUAUCCAGAAGACGAAUCGGAUCUAUGAACUGGGUUCACUACCGCCGUACCUAUUGGUCUUCGCCGGACACGUGGCGCCAAUUGAGCAUAGAUGGAAUCAGCACGGUUUAGGCGGUGAUAAUGUGAAGGGAAGUUGCCGUGAUUUACAUCCCGGUCCGGUGAGCCUCCUUCACUGGAGCGGCUCCGGCAAGCCGUGGCUCCGGCUCGACUCAAAAGAGCCGUGUCCGCUUGAUUCUCUAUGGGCACCUUACGAUUUGUAUGGAUUCUCGUCGUGAAUUUCUCAUUUCUCGCCGGUAAAUUCCUCCCAGUAACUUCUUUUUCUGUUCAUUUUAUUAUUGGGGAUUUUUAACUUCUCUAAAUUUUUUUUUCUUCUCAAUUUAUUUCUUUCAAAUUUUGUUUCUUUUUUAUUUAUUAUAUUUCGAUUUAACAUAUGAACAUUAUCAUCACCAGAAACGAUUUGUAUUCUAUUCUAUUAUUCGUGCAGCUUGAAAUAAAAUGGAAUUACAGAUAAUUAUUGGUUGUAAUCAAACUGUGUACUCUUGCUUUGCACUUCUCAUAUGACAGUUGAGUCGUUGCUCGGAGCUUUCGUGCAUUCUACACGAUUGUGACAACAUUUUUCAAUUGAUGUGAAGUCAGCAAAGAUAAAUUGUAACCGACACUUAAUGAGUGGCUUAUAAAUAAUUAAAUGAGAGAAAUACUAUAGUACUUUUUAAUUUGUGUAUGCAUUACACUUUUUCGUUUUUAUCUUCUCUACUUAAUUUAGUGAUUGAUAAUGCUAGUGUAUAGUAGCUCUUAUCUACAAAAUGCUUUCUUUUGAAGUAUGCUAAUAAAUAAUUGUACUUA